UUACGCGCCGAAUUGUAUGCGCUGAGGUGCAAGGUCGUUGGUGGAGCAGGAGCGCAGCCACAGCAAAAACCACUCGACGCCACACAACAACAACAACAACAACAAUUAGACCACCACCACCCCCAAGAACAACAGCAAACAAUGCAACAACAACAACAACAUCAGCCUGAACACAAGAAUCACAAUAAUGUACACAACGACUCGAGUCGCCACUGCGCCCGCUGCACCACCGAACUGGGCCGCAUCACCAACCGCGGCGCCCCCUGCCGCGUCUGCAAACUGCGCGUGUGCAAAGCCUGUCGAGUCCAUCACGCACUGGACUGGGUGUGCGUGGUGUGCCACAAGCAACUGGAGUUACAGGCCGCCAGCGGUGAGUGGCUGAAGGAAGCUUAUGCGUCCUGCGAGUCUGUCGAUCAUUUAAGCACCAGCGACGUGCUGCGGAAAAGCAUACGCCGCUCCUGGACCAUAUCAAAUCCCGAGGACGAUCCGAAUAAUCCAAAUUCGCAGCAAACCGUCGCCGACAAUCUGUAUCCACAGCAACAACAUUUAAUUGAGGCACAAUCGGCGGGCAGCUAUCCCUUGUUGCAUCAACAUACGCUGCAUCAGCAGCUGCAGCAGCAGCAGCUGCAACAGCAUCAGGCGCCCCCGCAGCCGCGCCAGGCGCACAUCAUUAAUUAUAGUAGCGGCAGUGCCACGCCCAUUAGUGGGAGCAAGUGGCAUUUGGGGCGUCGGGUUUUACGGCAAUCGACGCUGCCCAGCACACUGAAUAACGAUCCGAAUCUGAGCGGCAGCGGUGCCAAUUUGGCUAACUACAAUUCAGCGAAUCUGACCGCGCCCACCUCGCCGCAUAAGCUGCAGAACAAUCCGCUCUAUCCGAGCGCCUACAACAGCGACGAUAUCAUCCACAUGAACACCGCCGCCGACAACGACAACUACACCCAGAUACUGAUACAGCAGCCGCAGCCGCAGCUGGAGGCAGCGGCGAGUCCACCCACGCAUAGCCAUCGGCUGCAGGUGCGCCGCCAGUCGACGCUGCCGGCGAAUCCGUGCCAGGCGCCGCCCACCAUUUACAUGUCCACCUCACCGAAUCGCGUCUAUAGCCGUUCGCCGGAACGGUCACCGGGCGAACAGCAGCGUUAUACGCCCUUCACGCGCCAGACAUCCUUCCCGGAGCCGCCGAGCAACUAUCAUCGCACCAAGUUGCUGCCCAGCACAGCCAAUUUGCCGGCUCCGGCCAGCCAGUCCUCGUCAACAGUCACAACGGCCGCUGCGCCGCCGCUCAACUACGAAUCGCAGGCAUCCAGCAUGGCCAGCGAUGAGAUGGACUAUAGUCAGACGUUUGGCAAGCCGCGCAUGAUGCGCCAGGCCACAUUGCCCAAUCCCGAUCAGCACGUCAAGCUGCUGCCCACAUCGCCGCCCAAGCGCCAGACCUCUCCGCAGUUCCGACGCUCGCCGGAGUUUACACGCCAGCAGACGCUUCCAAAUCCGGAGGCUUUUAGCAGCGGCAACACGCUGACCGUGCACCAGGCGCCACCGGCCAAAUUUAUGCCCAUCUCGCCGCGCACCAAGCAGAACUUCUUGUUUCCCAGCGUGCAGAAUCCGCGCCAGUUUCUCUCACAGCAAAAUGUGCCCACUGUGGGCGCCGUGGAUCUUGGCAGCGGCGGGAGCGUAGCCAGUACCGCCGGCGAGCAGUACUCGAGCAGCCAGAGCGUCAAUAUACACCAUUCGCGCGAUCCGCACUCCAAGAUGAUCAAGGUGCGCAGCCAUAGCAACGAGGAGUACUCGAACAGCAACAAAGCCCAUGUGGAGUGUCGCCGCCUGCUGCCCGAAAUACCCACGACGCAGCGCUCGCAGAGCCGCUCUCCCAGCCGGCUGGUGCGGCAGGACUGCCUCAAGGAGCAGGAGCACGGCUCCCGCACUUUCGGCGAGGCCAAGCAGCAGUUCAAUCAGUUUCCCGAUGUCAGCGAAGAGCUGGAAACCCAGCCGGAAUACGUCGACUACUUUGGCAACAGCGCCACUAGCUUCCUGGAGUCGGAUGAGGUCCAGUACGAGAAGAACUAUAAUGCGGGCUUUAGCAGCGAACCGCGCAUCAUCUUCAACGAUGGCUCCGACGAUUCUCCCUACAAGCCGAAGCACACGCGGCCCAUCUACAGCGCCGAGAACGUGCUGGCGGGCGGCGAUGGUGGCUAUGGCGCGGCUCCACUGGCCGGCUUCUAUACGGACAUGGGCGCCACGGGCCAUAUGAUGCACAGCGGUGCGGCCCUGCCACGCACUCCGCUCAUGCACAAUCGAAUGCGGCGACGACAGUCGCGGGAGCUGCCCAUGCCGCAGGAGGAGUACGGAGCGGGCAUAGCCGAAGCGGCUGCAGCGGCAGCGACAGCCACAGCCCCGGGCGCAGGUGCAGCAGGUGCCACGGCAGCAGGAACGGAGCAGAGCGCAGCAGAUCGUCGCAAGCCGGAGCAAAUGCGUUCCGUGUCGGAGGAUUCUGGCGCCAAGACCGCGCCGAAGCCCAUAACGCGUCGCUCCUUCUCGCAUCCCGAAAAGGACUCAAUGCCACCUAAGAAAUUGGAGACCUCGAAAAUACCCAGCCCCCGACCGCUGGCCGAUAUAUUGGAUAAGACGCGUGGUGGCGUCUCGAAGAUUCCCCAAGCGCGUCGUCGCAACAGUCGCGGCGAAGAGGGUAGAGUACCACAGCAUCACUACUCCUUCCAUGAACUGCUUAAGCACCAGAACUCUGACCUAUCCAAUCGCUUGAAAAAAACGCCAAUUCCCGUUAACACAGUCCCAGCUAAAGAGGACGAGCCGGCCGCAGCGAAGACGGCAGAGGCUAACGACAAAUGUCCCAACGCUGGAAGCAACAAGGAGGCCAAUGAGACGGAAGGCGCCGCAGCGCAGCACACCAGCACCUUGGGGGAGCAGGAGCUGCAGAAUGCAGUGGAGGCAGCUGCCGUUGUCUUUAAGAAGGUCGUGCUGCAGCGACGCAAGGAGAAAGCAAAGGAGAAGGCUGCCGAGGAGGGCUCGCAGCUGGCAGCUGGCGCUUCCGGUGACAGCAACGGCGAUGCCAUGGAAACCUCGUCGUCGUCAGAGCUGGAGUUCAGGUGCAGCACAGCGGCCACGGCGGGUCAGUCGCAGUACAGUGUCGAAGCGGAUGAGUUCAAGCUUGUUUUUCUAAACUCGGACUCGUCAUCGUCGUGCAAAGAGGAGGAGGAGGAGGAAGAGGACGACGGAGACGGCAAUGAUACGGAUACCGCGUCCAGUUCCUCCUGCACAUCCACGCACCAGUGCCACAGCAUUGUGAGCAAUGUGGAGGACUGCGAUUGGGAUUACUUUGAACCGUCGAUGAUUGCUGCAACGACAACAACAACCACAACCAUGAUUGCCUACGCCAGCUCAAUAACGCCCACAACGCCUACGCCGCCGCCAAGGCUGCGGCGCAAAUCCAGCGACAGCGAUUCUCCCCUGCUGCAGCGUCGCCAGCAGCUGCGCAGCUAUUGCUCAAAGAUACGUGAGAGCGACACCGGCACCGACGAAGAACUGCACAUGCAGGCCGAGAGCAGCUCCCAGACCAGCUCGGAUCAGAACCAGACGCCGCCGACGCCCACGCUGCCACUUAGCAUGAAGGCGCGCAUCAAGACGCGCUUCCUCAAGAGCCAUCACCACUACCAGCACCAUCAUCAUAGCCACACGCCCAGCAGAUGCGGUUGCAGUGGGGCAACAACCCCACAGCAGCCCCAAUAUGUGCCGAUACCCGUGCCGGUGCCCAUACCCGUGCCCCUGGCCGCCUACCACAACUGGCAGCUGGAGCAUACGGGCGCGCCGCUGCUCGAGCAGGACGAGCACCUGGCUGCCUCGCUGCAGCAGCUAUGGCAGGCCGCGGCGGCAGCCUCGUCGACACCAAACUCGCCGCAGCAACAGCAGCAGCAACAACAACAGGCAGCAGCUGCAGCUGCCGCCGCCGCGGCCAUGGUUGCUUAUUCGCAGCAAUUCGCCGCGGCCAGCAACAUGUUUGAUGCAACACCGCCGGCAACAACCAAAAGCUAUCAGCAAUUGCCAACAACAACAAGUCAACUGGGCGGCGGUUUCAAGUCCUCGGCGCCGGAGCUGAGCGCCUCGCUGGGCUCGCUGAUGACGCAGUCGCUGUGCUCCACUGCGUCCACGUCUUCAUCAACAACGUCCGGCUAUGGCACAGCAGGUCGCAGCCUGGAAACAUUAGCCGGCUGUCUGUGUCUGGCACAGCAACAACAACAACAACAACAACAAAAACAAAAACAGCAACAACAGCAUCAGCAGAAACAACAACAACAACUGGCCAGCCAAAUGGCUUUCAAGCCAGCUCCAACAAGUUUAGGUUUAGUAUUGCCGCGGACGCCGUCGGGUGAGCAACAACAAACGCGUCGUUCGCUCUGUGUCGAUGCCGAUGCCAUUGACGUUGACGUUGACGCUGACGUCGCCAGAACGCCCACAACAACAGUGAGAUUGUGUAAUGCGAAUGAUAAAAGCAGCAGCGACUGCGACUGCGACUGCGACGCCAGCAACAGUGUUAAAUAUAGAGCACAUGUUGAUGUUGCCGCUGUGCCUGAUAAAAGCGAGGCGAUGCCAGCAGCAACAUUGACAGCCAAGCUGCCAAAUAAAUGCCAAAAUCUAAGCGAAACUGUGCAAAACACAAGACCAACAGCAGCAGCAGCAGCAGCGGGCACAGAAACGCAAACGCAAACACAAACAGAAAAGACAGAAACUGAAAGACAAACCUACCUGGCGAGUAACAAGCACGACGACGACAAAGACGAAGCAGCGGAGGCAGCAGACGAAACAAAUAUACAUAAAAAUCAAGUACCAGCAACAGCAGCAACAACAACUACAACUGGAGCCACAUUGAGUGCGGCUACUCCUGCGGUAAUAACUCGUUUCAGCGGCGGCGGCCAAGUUGCAGUCGAAAAUGUUGAGAUUGUUGCCGCCGUUGCGCCUAGAGAGCAACAACUGCAGCAGCAGCCACAACUAGAGCCGCAGCUAGCGAGGAAUUUGUCCUCCCAUCGGUUUAUAAAUAAAAAGCCCACAAAUAUGUCCGAGAGCGAGCCAAGUGAGGCGGCGGCGUUCGGCCAUUUGCGCAGCGAAAGCUACGCCGCCAACAGCAGCAACAGCAACUGCAGCAGCAACAGCCGCAGCAGCAGCAGCGGCAGCAACAGCGAAGCUGAAGAUGAGCGCAGCCCACGCAAAUUGGUGGAGCGCAGCUACGAUGUUGCCUUGGCCAUGCAGGCGGAGAUGGAGGAGCCACCAGCGCCACAGAGGCCAGCAGUGCCCGUGCAAAUGGUGCACCACAGCACAACCGACGGCAGCAGCAGCAGUGAUUCCAGCAGCAACAGCAGCUCCAGCUCCGAGUCUUGCGACUCGGAUGACACUGGCACCGUCGCAGAUCGGCGACCCAAGCGCAAACGUUUCAACAAGGUGUUUGUGGUUAAUCGACAGGUGGGCCAGGCGGCGCGUGCCAGACGCAGCUCAUCCACCGAGGGUGAUUCAUUGUCCUCCUCGGAUGCAAAUCUCGAAGAUUCAUCAGAUAACGAUACGGAUACCGAGCGCACCGACUGCGGCAUUGUGCUAAACUAUGUAAAGGCAUUGGCUGAGGAGGAGAAGGAGGAGCAGAAGGCAGAGGAACAACAACCAAUUGCAGCGGCACGUGAUGCCAGCGACGAAGAUGAAGAAGAUGAUGAUGAAAGUGAACGCCGCGUUGCCAACUCAAGCGAUGAGCUUGCCAACUGCAUUGUGGUUGUGGGCGGCUGCACCGACGACGACGCCAAUGCCGGCGGCGUUGUGCUGCAUGGCAUGCGCGCUCUGCCAGACGUCGAAGAGGAGGAGCAGGAGGAGCAGGAGCAGUCAGAGGAGCAAUCAGAGCACAGCAUUGAGCAGCCGCUGCCAUUCGAAUUAAGCUCCGUCCUGGCUGCCUGCGAUGAGCUGCAUAGCAUUUCUAACGAUGUGAAUCGCCUACUGGCGCUGCACAAGCAAAACUCCCAGCUGGAGCUCAAAUUGCAGCGACUGCGUCGCGGCGUGGCCGAAAUCAAUGAGGAUCAUCUGCUGCUGCCCAGCACUGCUGCGGCUGCCGCCCACAUGGAGCAGCAGAAGCCAAGCGAAUGCUGCCAGCAAAUGCCUAAAGCAGGGUGUGCACCCAAUGCACACCAGGCGGAGAACAUAGAGGAGGCGGUGGCCCAAACAGUGGCAACCCUCGUGCCGGCCAGUUGCCAUUUCCAGAAAGGCGUAAAUGUUAAUUCUAAUGAUGAAAGCGAAGCAACGAAACAAAACGAACCAAGCGACGCCGAGGGUAAACAUGUAAACGAAGAGGAACUGGCAAAGGCAGAGAAAACAGAGGCAGCGACUCUUGGGUUUUCAUGCCAGCAGCGGCAGCGGCAGCAGGUAAAGGCAAACAGCGAUAAUAAACUAGCAGCCAGGCAAACAACAACAACAACAACAACAGUGACGACCAUCGCAGAGCGAACAGCUGUGCAAACGCAGGCAAUGGCAGAGGGGGACGCUGCGGGCGGCGGUAUACGCAGCGAAGCAUGCAAAAUAAACGACGAUUUGUUCGACUCGUCGAACUCUCACUCUCUCGCCAUAACGAGUAAAGCACCUGAACCACAACAACAACAACAGCAAGAAGAACAGCAGGUAGCUGGGAGAGCGACAGCUGCUGAGCAUAAAGAGAGUGCGCUACCUGUUGCUCAUAAAGCCGAUUGCGCAGCCGAUGUGAAGUCGCAGUCGGCAUUGGAAACGGCGGCGGCAGCGGAGUCAGUCGAAAAUGAAAUGUUAAACGUUGCGGUUGAAGAGCCAAACGCGCGCCUAACGUUGUAUACUAACAACAACAACAACAGAAACAGCAACAACAUUAAUAAUAAUAAUAGCAGUAGUAAUAAUAACAGCAACAACAACAACACUGGCCAUAAUGACGGCGAUUUCGCAGCACAAAAGACAAAAGGCAGCAGCAACAAUGCUGUCGUUGUUGUUGGCCAACAUAGCAGCAGCAACAGCAACUGUGACGUAGUGAAUGUGAAUGUGAAUGUGAAUGUGAAUGAAGCAUCGUCGCGUGUGUUUGAAAGUUGUGAAAACGAAUACGACAAAAUAUUUGGCAGUCAUCAAGAACUGCAAAUCAACGAACCAGCAGCAGCAACAGAGGCAACAACAACAACAGCAACAGCAACAACAACGACAACAACAGUCGCUGCAGCCAAGAAUUCACUUUCAGCCAAAUAUCGCAGUUUAGUGAUGAUUACAAAAGACAAUGAAAGUGCAACAACAACAGCAGCAGCAACAACGACGAAUAACGACAACGAUUAUGAAAUGGCAGCGAUUGGCAACAGCAACAACAACAACUUUGGCCAGAACUUUGGCAAUGAGUCAGCCGAUACGCUGCGCGCCUUAAAAAACGACAACAACGAUUUGAGAGCGGAGCACGGCGUCGAGCUGUUGCCAGUGACGCCAACUCCAAGUGAACGGGAAUUGUCGCGUGACUCCUACAGCGUGGACUCGCUAAAUGAGCCGAACGUGCGGCCCAAGCUCAGCCUGGACGAUGGCCUGGCCGAUGAUGAUUCCUGGGUGGAGGAGCUGAGUCAGCGCGGCGAUGGCGACGAGGAGGAGGAUGAGAAUUUAAGCAAUGCAACAACAACACCGACGGCCACCGAUUCGGAGGAUGCAGAGGGUGAUGGUGAGCUGGGCGGACGCAUCAUGUACAUGGAUCGGGAGGAGGAGCUGCGUGGCUAUAAUCGAUCGGCCAUUGACUUUACUCUGCACACCAUUGUCGAGGAGAGCUGUGAGGAGAGCGAGGUGGCCUCCAUGCGUGCCGACAACGAACUGGAGCACGAGGAGGAAGAGGAUAUGGCGGAACGCCGGCGCAUGCGCACGCUGCAGCAUCAUCAUAGACUCAGCGCCUCCGAGUUGGAGAAGUACUUCUUCUUUGGUCUGGGCGAUGGCAAAGUCAUGAGCUCCAUUGACACGCGCGGCGAUGAUACCGCCUCGGAGGUCAGUUCCGAGUGCUCGGAGAGUCUGGACUCAUUGCCGCACGAUGAUCAGCUGCUGGAUGGCGCUAACAGUGCCGCAGAUUUGGCCUCAUCGCGCCUGGAAAAGUAUUUCCUCUCUGGCUUCAUGGGCUUCAGCGGCGGCGAGAAGCAGGCGGAGAGCGACGAGAGCGGCGGCAGCGUUGGCAGCGACAGCGAGGGGCAUCCCAGUCCUAGCCAGCGACGCAAGCGGCUGGUGCGCGCCCGAGGCACGCCGCGCAGUCACAACUCCUCGCUAGAUAAUCUGCUGCUACCCGAGGCGGAUACAAUGGACGCAUCGACAACUGCAGCUGCAGUUGCAGCUGCAGCAGCAGCAGCAGCAGCAGCAGAGGACACAUCAGAAUCAGAGGCAGGCUGCGACGAUACCGUCAUACACAUGGCCAACGCAGUAGAUCGCGCCUCCGAUGGCAGCUCCUCGGACACCAUCAAGCGCAAGAAGCAGCUACGCAAGCGUCACGAUUCGCUGGACGAGAAGAAGCUGCACGAGGCAGCAGAUAUGGGCACAAAUGGAUCGGGAGGAGGAGCCGACUCACAUACGUCCACGCUGGGCACAGCUCAGGCCAAGAAGCAGCAGCAUCACAGCCGCGACAGCGGCUUUGUGGGCAGCAACGAUGAUCUAUUAAAGUCAAGCGAAUGCGAGCCCUGCAAAUCCCCCACGCCGGCACUGGGCCAGAUCAGCGAGGAUCGCGAGCCGCUGGCUGCAGCGGCUGCACUCAGCCUGCCCAAACUGGAGCUGCCUAGCACAAGCGCAAGCGCAGCUGCCACCAACAGCACGCGUCACAUGACACUGCAGCCGCCGGCUGUGGCAGGCAACGUCACCACCAGUUCGAAUCUGGUGCGCAAGGAUAGCUUCAACAACUGGAGCUCCGACGAGGAGACCAAUCUCAUGAUGAGCAAAAUGCGUCAGUUCUUCAAGACGCUCAUCGUGGCCACGGCCAAUGCACAGCAGAGUCAGAGUCAGACCCAGACGCAGACGCAGACACAGAACCUGGCCCAGACGCAGAACCAGAGCGGUGGGAGCACGCCCAGCUCGGUGCGCCGGCUGGCCUGCAAGUCGGAUAAGUCUCGACCCGCACAGUUGGCCUAUUUUGAGAAUGAGCUGACGCGGCUGAUGAAGACCGUUCCGGGCAUCAAUGAUGAGCAGGUGCGCGAGAUUGUCGAGUAUCUCAGCAGCGAAGACACCUGGUCGGAUUCGUAUGACUCCUCCGACUAUACCAGCUCCGACUUGGAGGGCUCCGAACACAAGGGCCAGCUGAAGGCGCAAAUCUCCGCCAGCUGCCAGCAGAUAAUCAAUAAGUUCGAGGUGGAUGUGGAGGGGGUGCGCGGCGAUGGAGGUUUGCUGGACGAGACGCAUGCGCUCAAUGGCGACACGGCGUUUGUCUACCAGAAGCUGGUGGCUUCCUUCAGCAAGGUGGCUGCGGGAGAUACCAGCGAGGCAGCAGCAGCAGCAGCACAGCCGAAGCCAGUCGAGGCGGAUGAGGAUCACCUGUCCACGGGCAGCACGGAGCAGCGCUCGCCGCAGCUGUUUGUCAAGGUCAUGCAGCACAUAGGCACCCGCCUGGUGGCGCUGAUGCACGAGGUGAGCAGCGGCAAUGAGACGCCCACGUCCACCCGACACAGUCGGCGUGCGCAGGCCAAGAUCUCAGCCACCACGACAGAGGAUGAGGAGGAUGAGGUGGAGCAGCAGCUGCAGCUGAAGGCGCUGCCGCUAAAGCAGCUCAAGUUGCGCAGCCGCUCCCAUGAUCUGCUGCUGGAUGGCGGCGCCAACUCUGGGCAACACACACAGCUCCAUGGCCAGACACCUGGCCAUGCGGCGGCUCAUCAGCAGUCAGCGCCGGCGGGCGUUGGGGCCGGCGACAAUGCCGGCGAGGAGUGCGGCGUGGCCAGCGAUUACGAGCGCUUCUCGUGGCGCGGCAGUUUUGAGUCGGCAUUACUGGCUAAUGGCGACUCCAGAACGAGGCUCAGCCAGCUGAGCCAGCUAGACAGGGACAACUCGUCGUCUGCGUCCGCUUUGGCUGUAGCAAAGCGCAGAUCUGCAGGCGACCUGCUGUUCAGCCAGCACCAGCAGAGCCUCAGUCGCGAGCAGCUGGAUCGCGUGCGCUCCUGCGGCAGCAUUGGCGGCGGCGAUGCCCAUCAUCAUCAGCUGGAGGCAUCGCCCGCCAAGCCCUGGCUCUCAUCGGCCAGCUCUUGCGCCGAUUCCGCCAAGGAUGUGCGCCGCUCCAGUGUGCCUGAUGCCAUCUACGAAACGGACUCCAGCGACGAAGGCCAAUCGGCCCAGUUCAGCUCGAAUCGCUCCACCUUGCCGCGCAGCCUGACUGGCAGCGUGCCGGUGGCCAGCACCAAUUCGCUGCCACGCCUACCCACCAGCGCUGUGGCUUCAGUGGGCGCCGCCUUCACCAGCACGCCCAUCACCAAGUCGCAGAACGCGCUCAACUAUACGCCCUCCUCAACGGGCAGCGCCAAGAGCGCACGCUAUCGCUCGCCAGGCUUGGCGGCACGUGCAGCUGCCGCCAACAGCAGCGGCUGCGCUGGCGUUGGCUCUGCCAGCUCCACCAGCAGCGGCGGCAAAAAGCUUGGCGGUGGUCUCCAACAGUUCCUCUACUCGAAACGGGAUGCACGCAAACGCCUGAACAUGUCAGCGGAGGAAGCCAAGGCCGCUGCCGAGGAGCUCAGCCGUUCGCCGGUGAUUGGACAGCGUAAUGCGGAUGCCGCCGCCUCCAGCCCCGUACAGUCGCGCGCCUCCAGCGAGGCGUGGCCGGCACAGUCGGAUGAGGACAUCGAUCGCCUGGUGGCCAUGCAUCAGAACCGAAGCAGUCUCAGCUCCCUAGGCGUUCGCUCGGAGUCCAUGGCCAGCGUCUAUUCGGGCGCCGGUGAAGGUCGCUAUGGCACCGUUGUGGUCAAGGGUCAGGUAGAGUUUGGCAUGCAGUACAACUACAAACUGGGCGCCUUGGAGAUACACGUGGUGCGCUGCAAGGAUCUGGCCGCUGUUGAUGCCAAGCGCAAUCGCAGCGAUCCCUAUGUGAAGGUUUAUUUGCUGCCCGACAAGUCGAAGGCCGGCAAGCGCAAGACCAAAGUCAAGAAGCACACUCUGAAUCCCAUCUUUGAUGAGACGCUGCGCUUCCACACGUCCAUUUCCAGCUUGGAGUCACGCACUUUAUGGUUGACCGUCUGGCAUUCGGACAUGUUUGGACGCAACGAUUUUCUCGGCGAGGUCAGCGUCAAUUUGCAGGGUCGUCUCUUUGACAAUCCACAGUCGCAGUGGUAUCUGCUGCAGGAGCGCAGCGAACCCUUUGAUGAUGUGGCCACCUAUCGUGGCGAUAUUGUGGUGGGCCUGAAAUACAUUCCGCCAGAGAAUCUGAAAUCCUCGAUAUUCUCGCGCGGCUCCAGCCUCACAGGCAGCUCAUCGAAUCUGCGCAAAUUUGGAGGCAGCAUCAAAUCGGUAGCUUCUAAGUCCGAUCGCAGCGCCAAGGGCGGCCAACUGCAUGUGCUGGUGAAGGAGGCCAAGCACUUGAGUCCUAUCAAGGCCAAUGGCAGCUGUGAUGCCUUCUGCAAGAGCUACUUGUUGCCGGAUCGCACGCGCAGCUCCAAGCAGAAGACUCCGGUGGUGAAGCGCACCUUGCAUCCCAGCUGGAAUUAUACGUUCGUCUACGAAGAUGUCUCGCUGGAGGAUUUGUCGGAGCGCGCACUGGAGCUGACCGUCUGGGAUCACGAUCGCUUGGCCAGCAAUGAGUUUGUGGGCGGCAUACGCUUCUCCCUGGGCACAGGUCGCAGCUAUGGACGGCAGGUGGAUUUUAUGGAUGCCACUGGCAAGGAGCUAUCGCUCUGGCAGAAUAUGCUAGAUCGUCCCAACUUUUGGGUGGAGGGCAGCCUCGUGCUGCGCUCCAGCCUGGAUGGCAUACGUGCCACAUUGCCAUAGGCAGAGUACUCGUCACAAUUUGCACUGUAGUAAUUUAUUGCCUAGCCACAAGCACACACAGGCACGCACACAGCAGACAAACGCAUGCAUACCCAUACCUACAUAUAAUGUUGCAGUUGGAGUUUUGCCACAGGGCAUACGAAUGCCCAAAUUGUACUUGUAUUUGUAUUUGUAUUCGUAACUGAAUUUGAAUUUGUAUUUGUAUUUGUAUUUGAAUCGUAUUGAGUUGUAUUAAUGAGGAAAUGUGUAGUAAUUACAUAAUAGGGUACGAUGACAAGCAUUACUAGGAACAUAGGCAUGAAUGAAAUUCAAGAUUCGAUUCGAUUGAUUGAUCGAUUGAUUGUUGGCGCACUCAAGUUCGAUUCGUAAGUUAAGCACGCGAUUUAGAACGAUUUAGAAAGAUUUUGAAUACUCGAAUAUAUGGCAAUCAGACAUAUGUAUACUUAUAUUUAUAUGUAUAUAUAGAGUAUGUCUGGCCAGGCAUCAGCAUUAGCAUUGGCAUUGGCGAUGAUACUGCAAAUUAUCUAUAUUGUUUAUGUAGUUUAAGCAGCACAAUGUUCAAAUACGAAAAACCAACAAACAAACUAAAUAAAAAAAGCGUUAUCAAAUUAUUGCACUAAUUAUAAGCGGGUCAUAUCCCAGAAGAUACUACAAAUUGUAAACCAAACACGCGGAUUGCUCAGUAAAACGACGACGACGACAAAUUAGCCCCAUAUGCAUAUAUGUACAUCUAUGUGUAUGUAGGCUAACUUAGGAUCAUUUGUGUGUGUUUUUUUUUUUGUCCAAAAAUAAAUGGAAUUCGCAAUUUUGCAUACUGUAUGCAUUAAACCUACGAUAAUAACUAAGCUCCGACAUAAACUCUAAGCUAUGUAAUACAUAAUAUGUACUAGUACCUAUCCAAUAAUAAUCGAGAAAUACAAAUAACAACGUUUUUGUAAAUGCA